CUCCGCAGCGUCCUACCGCCUCCGCCGAGAUAUCCAACUCAGGCGUCCUACAAUGCCGCUCUCGGCGCCGGGCAUAUCGCCCCGAUGAUCGAGACGAAUAACAUCCUCUCGAACCCGUCGGGGCCUGACUAUCAAUUCCUAGUUGGCGAGGGUCUCUACGUCCUCAAGGAAGACCUUCACCUUGCGACACCCCCGCCGCACCCAUCCGAGGCACCCAUAGUGAAUCCCAAUCCACUCGCCACGAACCCUCAGCCCGCAACGGCGGGGACCAAGCUAUCGCUGAUCAACCUCGACGUGCGACCGCUGCCCCCAUCGUUCUACAAAGUUGCCUCCAGGUCCUCUGGCGGCUUGCAGCCAAGCAUUCAGGAACAUCCCAAUGAGAGCCAAUCCUCCACCGACAUGCGCGAGAGCAGCGAGGCCGGGCGCAUGAACUCGGGCGACCUGCCCCCGGUUUCAAAUACUCCAGCGUUCGGGGAGGGAAGCACCUUACUGACACAGGGGAAUCCAAAAGAUGCUGGGAAGAGGAGGAAGCCCAAAAAUAAUAUGACCAAGAGCAACUCCUCCUUCAUAUCACGGGUUAUCUUGCACGAAAUCUUCGCCAAAAGAUUGCAAGACAGGCCUGCCGACGGCCUCUUCGCCUUUGCCAAUAUCAACCGGGCAUUCCAAUGGCUGGAUCUCUCGUCUCCGACGAAGGCGGAAUACUUGACCAAGAUACUAUUCACCAAGGCGCAUUGUUUGUGUCAUGACGUUAACAGGUUCACCAAGAGCGCGACCCAUAUUGAUGUCAUCAUGGGCUUCUCGACAGGUGAGAUCAUUUGGUGGGAACCGAUAUCACAACGAUACACACGGCUCAAUAAAAACGGCAUCAUCAAUGGAACUCCCAUGUCCGAGAUUAGAUGGAUACCUGGCUCGGAUACCCUUUUCCUCGCCGCCCAUAUGGACGGGUCACUUGUCGUGUACGACAAGGAGAAAGAAGACGCCCUCUUCUCCGUGGAUGAAGAGGGAUCAAAGGAAAACGGCGACUCAAAUGGAACGAAUGGUGUCCAUCAUGGAGUCCAGGGUGUCAACAUCCAGGUCAACAAGUCUGUCAACUCGAAAAACCAGAGGACAAACCCAGUAGCUGUGUGGAAGCUGUCGAAUCAGCGCAUCAACGCUUUCGCCUUCUCCCCAGACAAACGCCAUCUCGCUGUCGUUUCGGAGGAUGGAUCCUUGAGGAUCAUCGACUACUUGAAAGAAGAGCUGCUGAACCUCUUCUAUUCUUACUACGGAGGCCUUACGUGUGUCUGCUGGUCGCCAGACGGAAAGUACGUCCUCACUGGUGGACAGGACGACCUCAUUUCGAUCUGGUGUCCAUCCGAGUCGGCACUCAUUGCGAGAUGCCAGGGGCAUCACUCGUGGGUAACCUCGGUGGCAUUUGACCCUUGGAGAUGUGACGACAAAAACUACCGGUUCGGAAGUGUUGGAGAGGACUGCAGGCUUUGCCUAUGGGACUUCAGUGUUGGUAUGCUCCACCGGCCGAGGGCUGCCUCGGUGCGCCAGAGAGGUGCAAUGCCAUCCCGGUUGGUGUCCUUGCAAAGAGGGGAGUCUCAGAGCACGCCAACGAGCCGCGUACGCUCAGACUCGAGUCUAUCGGCCGAGGGAGAAGAGGAGAAAUCGUUUCCUCACCCAGUAGAACCGAGAUCAAGGACGGCGAUGCUCCCUCCUGUUUUGAGUAAAACAGUUGACAAGGACCCGCUAUGCUGGCUGGAGUUCACCGAGGACUCGAUAAUAACUAGUUGCAAGUCAGGUCACGUACGGACAUGGAAUCGCCCGUCCGACAACCCGGAUCUUCAGGCCAAAGAGAAAGCGCCCCUGGACGGCUAG